AUUCGAGGUGUGGUGCUCCUACCCGCACGUGGGGAGAUUCUCUCGGCCAUACUCCGGCUGCGCCCAUUUUUCCAACCGCCGAACACAGUAACCUGAAAUUCCUCCGCGGGGGGUGUGGAGGCUCUCUAACGCCCUGCGUAUUUCGGCAAUCAUCAAACGUCACCACUACUCUCUCUCACUCACCCACACACACAAAGCUCUUUUUGCGCAUCUCUCAGAGUCUCUACAAGAAACUCUUGCAUCCACCGAGCACCAGCGGGUCACAUCAUCCCAAGGCCGUACAAUUUCACUCAAAGCGGAGCCAAAAGCGCACUCGGACCCGCUAUCCCUCAACACGGGUUUGGCCGUCGAAAACCCCCUCCGAAGCCCACCCCCAGUUACUCCGAUCAUAGACUCUAGCAGCUUCAUCCUCCCCAUCUCCAUUUCGACUGGAAACACCACAAAACGCUCAUGUCAUCCUACAAGGGGCAGCGAGGGCCCAACGUGUCCCAGUACAUCGCGACGCUCAACCAGCCAUCGCCCCAGCAGGACCUGCUCGCCGAUCCGGCGCCAGCGGAGGACUUCUCCGACUUCCUCAACGCCGACUUCUUCGACGUCAGCAACGCCAGCAUCGACUUCGGAAACUCAGGCAGUUUCGAUAUCAAUUUCGACAACCAGCCAUCACAGCCGUUGAAGAGUCCCGAGGGAUUCCAGCCCGCCACGAGCGCAAACAUGGAUUUCAACUUGAAUGCCAUGACUGACCUUGAUCUGCUUGUAGGCGACUUCCCCUUCACCGACUUCAACAGCUUCCCUACCAAUGCCGCCUUUGAUCCAGCCCUGCCGCUGGCACACGCUCAGCCCAACCAAUACCCGCUGGCCCCCGACUUCGCCUCGCCCAACUCAUCACUGUCACCAAUCACACCAGGCUAUGAUCAAGCAUCUAAGAAGCGCAAACUCGAUAAUAUCCCGCCCGUGAUGCCGCAUUCGCUCGACGAGAACGCCCGCAUCGCCGCAGAGGAAGACAAGCGUCGCCGCAACACAGCCGCAAGCGCCCGCUUCCGCAUCAAGAAGAAGCAACGUGAGCAGGCUCUCGAGCAGUCGCAGAAGGAGGCACAGGAGAAGGUGGCCAAGCUCGAAGCCACUAUUGAGCAGCUGCAGACGGAGAAUGCGUGGUUGAAGAGCCUUAUUACGGAGAAGAGCGGCGGCAAGAGCACAACGGAAGAGAUCAAGGCGCUCAUGAACAAGCGAGAGCAGGCGGCAACUGGACGGAGUAGCUCGGCGCACACAGACGGUGUGGGAACACAGGCCAAGAGCCCAAAGGCGGAGGCCUAACCUAUUCGAUGAUACCUAGUUGGCCGUGCUUGCUUUUUUGUUUCCUUUAUCGUUGAUCUUGUUUGGUACGAGAGUGCUUU